UACUUUUUGUAUCCACUUCCUCCCAGGUGCCUUGACGCUUCUGUCUUAUUUUAUAAGUCCAUGUUUCAUCUGUCACUCAUUAGCAUUCCACAGAUGUUAAGAACAUUUACAAAAAAAACAAGUCUUGGGAAGAGGAGAAAGGGACCAUUCACUGUGUGAGUAAUUUCUCUUCUGUGCAGGCUUCCAACUCAAAGGAAGCCAAAUUUAGAGGCAGCAACUGCUCAGCACAAAUCUAUCUGAAGUCCUGGGACGGAGAGAUUGUAUGGACACAAUGGAAGAAGCUUGUGGACCGCACAAUAUUUAAGUGUACUAAGAGAUAUUUAACACGUUGGUGAUUCCCUAAAGCUGUGGUACAAAAAGUGAUCGUUCGGGCCAUGACUUCUGAGCAGUAAGCCGGGAGAUUGCGUUCGUUUGCGGAUCAUCGAGUUACAAUGUGGCGCUGGGCAGCAUUGAGUGCCAUUGUGAACCUUUGGCUCACUGUAACGUUCAGUUCAUGUCAAAGUGGAGAUGAAGCCUUAGAAGAUUUAGGGUCUGGGUACAUUGUCAACACACUUCGAGAUCAGCCUAAGGAACCUCAGGACCACCCAUACAAACCAAACACCAAUCAGUGCCAGCUGACUUUUGUGACUCCACCACGAGAGUCAUGUACUAAAAAGGACUCUUCUUCGGUGUUAAAAGAAGACGUUAACUACCUCAAAACCAUUCUUCAGGACAGCAACCGGAUUCUGCACAGCCUGCAAUAUACAGUCAAUGCGGACACUCAAGAUCAUGGCUACCAGGAGAUCAUCUCAGAAUAUAAUAAGGGAACCAAAGAGGACAACAAGGAAUUCUAUAUGACUCUAAACAAAGUCAUGACCGAGAUUCAGACCCACAUGAAUGAUGACUCUUCAGAUGUUCCUGAUGAGAGAAAGAAGCUGAGAAAAAACUUUCAUAUGAUGGAUCACUUGCUGAGAUCAACCUCUCAUCUCGCAGAAAAGCUUGAGAAAACCUCCCAUGAUCUCGAUGUAUUCCUCGAAAAACAACUGGAAAAAUCCGCCACCUUGGCUUAUCACAACACAAUCAGAUCCUGACCUGGCACAAAAUAAAAAGCAAUCAACAAAGCGUGGUUUGCUAAUAACUGCACACAAGCACAGCAAAAAAGAUUACAAAUAUUAUAUCAAUAUAAUUGGACUUUGAUGCUUUAUGUCGCGACAAUAUUGAUUAUAAUAUUGUGGACUACGAUCUCCCACAUGCUCAGAGCACCCAUUUGGCAGAAGUUCUGUACAGUACAUAGUGUUUUUCAUUUACAUUGAAGAAAGAAUAUUAUUUGAAUUUAGAUAUAUUUUCUAUGUUUAUUCAAACGUAUGGUGUGAAUUUUAUAUUGCAACCCUCCAGGACAUUCACAUAUAUUC